GUCAGAGAUGUGGGAGGGAAAGAAGUCAUUAAUCAUAAAGCUAUAUCGGGAUGAAGGAUGGCCCCUCAAGCAUGUCAUUAAGCGAGUUCGGACGGAGUGCUUUGAUCCUAGAUUUAUUUUCAGCGAAUCCCAAUUGAGAAGCCGUCUGAAGAAGUGGCGCAUCGGUAAAACAUCCCGUCGUCCUUCUCUCGUGCCUCGUCGAAGGUUCUCCCAAGCGAUGGACAGAGGUAACGGCCCUGCAAAGGCGAUCCCGCUUGGAUACGCUGGCGAAAUCAUAAGCAGGGGCACGCAACCUCCAGAUAUCCCCUCGUUGGCGGUCGAAGAAACACAGGAUCCAGUUCAUCAAGUGUUCAGCUCGCAUGAUAUACCUUAUUCGUAUACUGUCCACAACCCCACACAUCCAAAAGAUACGCAAAACAGUAUGUUUUCGACAACCUAUGACCCAGGAAUAGAUGCAGCAUAUUGGCACACUGAAGAUCCUUGGGCUACGACAACUCACCUAUCCUCAACCGAGGGAAUGGCACAAACUUCGACGUCUCUGCCGUGUUAUGGAUAUGGGCAAAACGCAGCCGUCUGCGUCUACCCUGCGGUGUCCGGGUCUGAUCUAAGUUCAACUUCCAUAUCAACUGGGUCGACAACCCCAGUGCUAUCCAGCCUUGGGGUCGAUUCUUGACUAUUUGGAAUUUUGAUGCAAGGGUCAAGACCACAAUAUGGUGAUCACAAUAUGGUCUAGACACUGUAUGACGGCCCCGGAGCCGACCUGCGCUUAUAUUGUUAUCCGUUGAGUCCCCUUCUAAGGCUAGACUAUUCUUAAACGUUUCUGGAAGCAAACUGAGUAAUUUUGUCUUUUACAAAGCCGAGUCGUAUGAAUUGCACAUAUUUUGUUCCUUGUUCUUUGUCCUAUUUGCAUAUAUUGGACAGAUAAUUAUCAGUCCAUAAAUAAGGAUAUCAUCUAUUAAGAACCAGC